AUGCCCGUCUCCGACACGACUUACAGAUCCUCACGUCCCUCCAUACCGAGCCCGCUCUCGACGCCGAGCUAUACAGCUUCCUCGCUGGCGAGCAGCGCGAGUCCUUCUUGGCCCGGUGCCGCUACGAGUCAGAAACGCCCGCCGCCCAUUGACACGCGAUCUCGUGGUAAUACAACGCCGUCUUCUGCUGGGCAUACUACGUUCUUCUCAGACUCCUCUAACCCCUCCAGCCCGGAAGAGGAGAGCCCAAGACCAGAUCCCUUCAUUGCCCCGAAUGAUACCGGAAACGGCCACCAACCAGUGAACCCGAAGCCCGUUGAAGGCUCGUCGACCAAGCCCCCGACUUCACCAAUGGCUAGCCCGACGACACAUGCCGCGCCUGGCGGUCCUACGGCGGGCUUGCCUCGCAAUUCCUCCAUCGAUAGUGCCAUCUCCGCCAUCUCAUCCAGCACACAGGCGAAUAAUCCUACUGCUGCCCAGGCAAAGUCGGAAGAAAUUGCAAAGCUAAUACAGACCGCCGGGAGUCCCGAGGCCGUGAUUCAGUAUCUUCUCAAAGAGAAGCAGUCCCAGGCACAACAAAACAGUCAGCUAUGGCGCUUAGUGGACAAGCAGAGAGCCAUGAUUCUAGGCCUGAACAAGGACCUGGAAGCUGCGCUUAAAGAUAAAGAUAAAUACCGGAAAAAGUUAAAAGAGGUAAUGGCAAAUCCCUUGGUAUUGAAGCCAGCAGGUAGUCAGGACGAUGAAAAGCAUUUGAGUGCGCACAACGACGCACUGCAGCUGCGCCAGGAAGUCGAAUCCCCGAAAGAAGCCGUGCUUCCAUUCCCCAGCUCUCCCAAGCUAGACUCAAGGAGCCGGCUGGACUCGCCGGUCGACAUGACUAUGGCUCCCUACCCCAUCACUCCUCCAGCAGACCGAACACACACAACUCCAUCCGCAGUCGCCGAGCUUUUGAAUCCAUCGGAGGAAAUGCCCAAGGCCCAGGAAUUUGCCUUGGACCAUUUCGAUGUGGAAGCAGAAGAAGAGGCCGCCGAAAAGGCACGCCAGGAGAAGAACAAGAUGCAUUUGAAAGAGAUCCCAUUCGACGCUUCACUGCCACCGUCACGGAGCCUACCCAGUCAUCCGCCCAAGAACCCGCCGCCAAAACCUCCCGCCGCCGCCAUCAACGCACCUCCAAUUGUAACCGUCAUGGGACCCACGCCACAACCAGACGAGGGUAUUGGCAAAUUCCCCUCGCCUCCACGGAAGGCUCCUCCAGCGCCGCUGCAGCUUAGACAAGAGAUACGACGUCAGCUAGAUUCUCCCACCAUUGAAGACUCCGAUUCCGAGUAUGAGGAUAUUUCAGAGGUGGAUGAAAUUGUUCCCGAGAAGCGUGGCAGGCGACGAACACGCGAGGAAGAUGAACGUCAGCGCGAAACCGUAGCUGUCACUGAGACAGAGGUGCGGAGCGUAUCCAAAAUGGGCAAUUCUGGAGCGGGAGACUCGCCCAUAUCCCCAACCACUGUGCCUCACAAUUUGCAUCCUGAGAUGCAAACCACGUCACUAGAUGCGGUUCUCACCGGGAACAGGCCGAGGGAACUAACUGCUCCUGUCCUCAGCCCUGGUUUGCCCGUUAGUCCCAGGCCAUUUGGCAACCCCAAGAUGGCGCUCGGAAACCCUCCAAUGUCACCCAGGGGAAUGCCUUUGUCACCGCGGCCUCCCCGACAGCCGAUCCCUAUGCCUCCGGGUACGCCUUUGGUAGUGCCACCCACUGCGUCAAUGAGCGACGGAAAUCCGCUGAAGAGGGCAAUGGAGGCGGAUCCAAGGGGGCUGGGAAGCCCAGUGGAACGAACAAUGAUUUUCAAGGGCUUGGUUACUGACGAAUACCCUGAUCUACUGCUGUCGCCAAAUGCGCUACCCUCUGUUGACGUUAGAGUUGCAUCGUCUCGCAUGAAACCCUCUAGGGCAAGUCUCUUGUCAUUGACUCAGCUUGAAGAAGAUCCUGUGUUCACGCUUGCUAUUCUUUCGCGGGCUGAUGGAGGUGAGCUUUGGCGAGUAGAGAAAGACUCUAUAUCUUUGGCGAAGCUGGACCAGCGGUUAAGGGCGUGUCCUGCGUUUACGGCAAAGUCUCCGGACAGGUCUUUGUUUACUGGACAUGCACCCGCAAAAAUUGACGCGCGGCGAAUUGUGUUGGAAAAAUACCUGGAUGAGCUUUUGAACACUCCCUUUGACACCGCUACUGCCAUAGAGCUUUGCAAAUACCUCUCAACCAAUACUCUUCCACCCAAUGCUGAUGAGACUGGACAUACUUUCAAGCCCAAGGACGACAAUUCAUCGAUCAGAUCCGAUGGACGACCCACUCGCAAUGGCUAUCUUACGAAGAAAGGCAAGAAUUUUGGUGGCUGGAAGUCGCGCUUCUUUGUCCUCAACGGGCCUUACUUGAAAUACUAUGAGACUCCUGGCGGUGCUCAUCUCGGCACUAUCAAGCUUCAGAAUGCUCAGAUUGGCAAGCAAUCUCAGAAUCAACCUCAGAAUGCCGAUGCCAACGCUCCGACAAACCACAACAAUGAUGAGGAGCUGGAUAGUCAAUAUCGCCAUGCCUUUUUAAUCCUUGAGCCCAAGAAGAAGGACUCCAGCAACCACGUCAAGCAUGUCCUGUGCGCAGAAAACGACCGAGAGAGAGACAUCUGGGUGGAAACCUUACUGCAGUGGAUCGACUACCGAGAUCCCGAGGAGGAUCAGCCUGCCGCCAGACCACCUAUCCAUGACCGCCAGACGUCUGCAGAACAGGCCAAUGGCAACAAGUCCAGGAAAGGGAGCAAGUCGACUACACACCAGACUUCUGGCUCAGACACGCUGAUUGGAGUGAGAUAUGACUCGACCCAUGCUGGUGAUGCCCCUCAGGGCGCUCCCGGAGGCCGUCCAAAGACGUCUGGGGGCCAGGGCGAUCAUCAUACUAACCUGGAGUCUCACUCGAAACUCAUUUCUGGACCAAAGGACCCUCAAGUGAUUUCAGAUGCUUCCAUGUGGGGUAGCAAAAUUGGCCUGCAGGCGCCGCCCCCAGCGCCUGGCCCGUCGCACGAUGAGAAGAAGGCGAGGAAACGGAGUUUCUUUGGCUUUGGGCCCAAGUCGCGCACUUCUUCUGAUGGACAAGAGUCAUUGUUUGGAGGCAGCGAAGGUGGCUCCGGAGCCACUCCGCCACAAAACGGCUACCACGGACCGGUACGCCAAGUCUUUGGUGCGCCUUUGGCAGAGGCCGUUCGGUUCAACCCACCGGCAGACAUUGACGUUCCUCUUCCAUCUGUUGUUUAUCGCUGCAUUCAAUACCUGGAAGCUCAAAACGCAAUUUUCGAGGAGGGCAUUUUCCGACUUAGUGGUUCGAAUGUCGUCAUCAAACAGCUUCGAGAACGGUUCAAUACCGAAGGCGAUAUCAACUUGGUAACUGACGAGACUUACUAUGAUAUUCACGCUGUGGCGUCUCUCUUGAAGCUGUAUCUGCGAGAGCUUCCUACUAGCAUACUUACUCGAGAUCUUCAUUUAGAAUUCAUGUCAGUUACGACGGAGAUUACUGACAAGAACGAAAAGAUGGCGGUUCUCAAUGAGCUUUCACAACGCUUACCCAAGGCCAACGCAACAUUGCUGAAAUACCUUAUUGCAUUCUUGAUUAGAAUCAUAAACAACUCGGAUAUAAACAAGAUGACAGUGCGAAACGUGGGCAUCGUCUUUUCGCCGACACUCAACAUUCCUGCACCUGUCUUCGCCACGUUUCUUCAAAACUACGAGGCCAUUUUCGGAGUCGACCCUGAAGAGUACGAGCUACCUUCUCCUACUUCUGAUUCUGGAAGCCACAGUCGCUCAAAUUCAACGCCGCGCUUUGACCCACCGCCGGGUCGCCCGUCGACGUCCGGAAGUGGAUCUCCCCGCCAUCAGGCCUGGCCGGAACCCAUCCGAGACCCGACCAGGUCAACGCCAACACCUCCUCUAUUGAUGAACAUGAGCGCAGCCCGUGGGUCUCCCACUCCAUCUGGAACAUCUCGCCAUAGUUAUGAGCCUUCCUACCUCCUUCACCAGAGCCCCAGAGCAGUAUCCCAACCAUUACACGAUACCGGUUCUGGUGCAGAUGGUCACGCUUCUCAACCACAGCACAGAGGUGCCCCGGCGUACGAACGAUCGCUUCUCCCUGUAACCGUGGAAGAACAGAACGGGAAUCUGGCGGCAUACGACCAGGCGGCACGGCGUCGAGAGAGUAUGAUCAUGAUGGGCGGCCAGCAGCAUCAACAACAAGGAUCCAAGAGUCGCUUGCGGGAAGAAGCGCAUUUCUAA